UCUUGAAUAAUUAAAACGGCUUUCUAAAGACGAAGAUGAAGUUUGCGACUGCUUUUUUGUUUUUGAUCCUGAUGGUAUGCAUAGAUGAGUCAUUCUCAUCCGGCUACAUCCAUAGUGACCAUGUUAACUCAUGCGUAUGUGGACUGGAGAAAAACGAAGGAUAUUGCAGUAAUAAAGAACAUUGUUAUUCAACGGGAAGGUACUUCUACUACGACUCCAAGUCAGGAAAAUGUAGACCUCUACAUUACAAAGGUUAUGGUGGUAAUGCCAAUAAAUUUCACAGCAGGAAAGAAUGCAGGCACGCAUGUCGAAAGGGAUAUGGUAAUAAAUGUGAGGUAUGUCCAGCACCUACAUACGUAUACUAUACCAAGUGUGGUUGCUAUAGCAGGGGUUAUUGUAAUUGUCCACCUGGGUUUUAUUGCUGUCCAGUAACAUGCGGCCGCGGUGGCAGAGUUAGGGGUAAAGGAUACUCAU